AUGUCUCCCACAGGUCCCGUCUCCAAUACUAGUUCUCGGAGGACCACUGCUUCAUCCCAGAAGAAUGCCGAUAAGGCACAGGAUGGGCCGCUGGCAGAAGCGAAGUCGGCCUCGGACGAAGUGACUCCCAAGCGGCCGAAGCGCACGCUGAAACUUACUGCCUCUCAGCGGGAGAGGAAGAGAGCUAUUGACCGUGAAGCUCAACGCAGUAUACGACUGAAAACCAAGAACUACAUUGCUCAUCUGGAGAACUUGGUGAGGAUCAUGGAGAGCGGUGGCUCCUCGACAAAUAGUGGGGAAGGCAUCCAGCAGUCCCACGACUAUCCAGCAGCUGAGCACGAGGGCGAAAGGGCGCGAGCGCUUUUAUCUCAACUGAGGCAGAGCGAGGAAGAGGUCCGAGCAUUGAAGGAAAUGCUAGCCGGAGUCCAGAAGCUUGUCGGCAACGCUCUGAACCCAGCCGACGAGCCUGGCUGGCUGGUAAUGCCCAGUACCGGCAACGGCGAACAAGCUGCGCCUCCUGCGAACCCUCUCGCAUGCGGGCCCCACGAUCAGUUCGAAAACUGCCCGUCAGUUUACUCCCACAGCUCGGAUUCCUCGUCUCCCCUGGUCGAGUUCGGAUACCAAGCUCCAUUCGACCAGCCGAGGCGAGCCAGGGCAUCGGGCUCAGAGUAUCCCCCGAGAUCCUAUGGUGUCCAACCCUACACCUUGCAACAACAGGAUCUCUACAAUAGCUUCGGAAGGGUCUCCGCUCCUGUACCACGACCAGAUCCACCAACGUCGGAUCCAACCGAUGCUAACAAUGGCCGGGAAGAGGGCGAAUUGUUCUUCUUGUCAGACCGUGAGGUCAACCGGGUACUGGCAGGUGGCCACCAGUCUUUUGCCAAUCAGCCGCUCGACGAAGACAUCAUCGUCCGGGCAGUCCUCCAUGGUUGGCGUGAUGUGCAGGAUCAGUACUUGCUGGACAAGGGGUGGCAGGCGUUGAGAAGCAUUGACCAGACCAUCUUCCGUGAAUGCGGUGUUGUGGAACGGAUGGCCAUCCUCUACAUGAUGAGAUUGAAGCUUCUCCACCAGAGCAACACCAAUCCACAGUAUCUGGCUCCGCUGCCGCCAUUCUUCCAACGAGGUUCCUCGGAAGACCCCGAGACGCUGAGGAAGACGCCUAUCAUUGAGCAUUUUAUCUGGCCGGGCUUGCGCACCAACCUGUGUCGAAACACGAAGAAGUACAUCAACAACAAGUUCUCUGAUUCAUUUCGGCAGUCGUUCAAAUUCAUCUGGCCGUACGACAUAUCACACACGUACAACAAGGAUCAUUCGACCCAGCUUUACUCGAUCACAACGGGAUUUAAACAGCGGCAAUGGGAUCUGCGGUCAUGGACAAUGAGGAGGGAUUUCUUUACGCAUGCGAGCGAGCUCAUUGGGUCGAUUCCCGUGUACGAAACGCCUAUGGAUCGCGUUCUGAUACCGGCAGGGUCAGUGGCAGUGCAGCCAGCAAGCCAAAGGGCACAGGCGCCUCGGCUCGUUACCAAGAUAGAAGAGUCAGACGCAGAACAGCAACCGAUGGGCAUGGGGGAGGCCAACAGCCACGCUCCAUCUGCCGCUGGGGCUCCGGCUCCGGCUCCAGCUCACAUCCAAGGGCCAGUGCCGGCAACCGCUCCUGAAGUACCUGGGCCACACGUGCCGUACACGGCGGAGGUCGAAGCUUGGCUCGGAGAUCCUGAUAUGGUGCCGCAGUAUUGGAACAUGUCAACGGGCAUGGCGGUCGGAUAUGGCGCGGCUGCCCAGCCGUGGCCGGGCGUCCAACGAGGGUUUGUAGGAUAA